AUGUCUGGUGAAACUUCUGCAGCUUGGCCCAUCGCCGAUGAGGCUCUCACCCAGAACCUCCUGGAUCUGGUUCAGCAGGCUUCUCACUACCGUCAGCUGAAGAAGGGCGCGAACGAGGCUACCAAGACCCUCAACCGUGGUACUUCCGAGCUCGUUAUCCUUGCGGCUGAUACUUCUCCUCUUGCUAUUCUGCUUCACCUUCCUCUUCUUUGCGAGGACAAGAACGUUCCCUUCGUCUACGUCCCAAGCAAGCUCGCCCUGGGCCGUGCGACCGGUGUCUCUCGCCCUGUGAUCGCCGCUAGCAUCACCACCAACGAGGCCAGUGAUCUGAUGGGCCAGAUCAGAACCAUCAAGGACAAAGUCGAGAGACUCAUGAUCUAA